CAGAGUGCAUUGAUACACUUGUCUAGUACUCAAGGACCUAUUGAAGUUUAUCUGUGCCCAGAGGAAAACGAUGCUCUCAGUCCAAUGAAAACCUAUAGUCAGGACCACAACGGAAACAUUUCCAAAACCAUUUCCAAAGAAGUGGCUUCUGCUAACUCAGGACAAGGUGACUGCUCAGUAAAUAUGGCAACAAUCUCUCCAUUGGCUUCUCCAGCCAACCUUCUCCAGCAGACUGAGGACCAAAUUCCCUCAAACUUUGAAGGACCAUUUGUGAAUUUGCUGCCUCCUCUGCUUCAGGAAGAUUAUUUGCUGAGCCUUGGGGAUGAAGAAGGCAUCAGUGACCUCUUUGAUGCUUAUGAUUUAGAGAAGCUUCCUUCACUGGUGGAUGAAUUUAUAUACAGCUGAUUCUCUUAAAUGCUGUCCAUAUCUAAAUCAUUAUUUUAAUGGAAUCAAAAAACCUGCCAUCAUACAGAGUUGUCCCCUACUUACUAUAAAAUAGCAUUAUUAAAUAAACUAGGCUCUCGAACAGUGCUGAUAUUUUAAUGAAAUACUCCCUAGAAUACCAUAAACAACAAGUGAAGGCUUGCACAGCAAGACCUUCUCCUUGACCCUGAGCUCCAGCGCCUUGUAAGUCAGCAACUGCAAGCAGGUGACCAGAAAUGUUCUGUCUUCACACUCCCCC